AUGACCCCUGAGGAAGGCGGUGUUAGAUCAGCACCGGUGGAAAAAGAUGAUCACGUUGAAGAAAUUGUCACACGAUGCAUCGUAGAGGUCCUUUUGAAUGGUCUAUCAAAACCCAAUGCUCCACCAAUCAAUCCCCUGUGCAAGGAGUUUCUGAAGAAAAGCAGCCCGCAAAAGCCAGAAGAGAAGAGUGUAGGCCAAGACAUAGAACUUAACCCAAGGCUCUCGUCAAAAUCCAAAGACCCGGAGAGACCACCAGAAGGGACUGUGAAGGAAGGAUUGAAUGAAGAAGAAUUUAAAAGACAGACCAAAGGAGGUGAAAAGUGGCAUCCAGAGGAAGCAAAACAUGAGGAAAAAGACGACCAAGAAGUUGCCUCCCAAGGGAGCCGUUAUUCUUAUGAUGAAGCCCACAAAGAAGAAAAAAAGAAUGAGAAUGAGAAAGGAAAGGAAGAAAAUGGAAGCUAUACAAGAAAUUACCACAGUGAAGAAGGAAGCAGAGAAAAGAAACAUAAUGAGGAGGUGGAACAUGAACCUCUAGACAAAAAAUCCCUUUCUACAGUUGGAAGGGGAUCUGAGGGUGAUUACAAACAUUCUGUGGGCCUAAAGCACUCUGAGGAAAGUGUACAUGGCCAAGAAAAAGGAAACCAAGAAAGCAAGGAAGAAGAGGAGGAGGAAGAGGAGGAAGAAGAGGAGAGCAGUGAAAAGUAUCACCAUAGUUUUCGAGAAUAUGAAGACUCCUACGAGAAAGAAGCUGAUGCAGAAAAACGAGGCCACAAACCAAGAGAGUACCACAGGAAACCCAGGUUGGGCAAUUCCUCUGAAUAUAGAAGGCAUCAUAAUGGUGAGAAGAGAGAUUCACCAGAAGAGUCAAGUGAGGAAGAAGGCGACUUCUGGGAUAAAAGGAGCCACUGGCCCAAACACUAUCAUGAGACAGGACAUCAUUAUGAGGAAAAGAGAAACUCUGGGGAGAUGCUUGGUUCUGAAGAAAUUGAGGGAAAAGACAGGAGUAAAGAGUUUCCUGACGGAAAGUAUCACAGCAAUGAAGAGGAAGAUACAAGACAUGAUGGUGGGGAAAGUGAAGAAAAACAGCACCGCUAUGAGAGAAAAAGAAUCCACGAGGAGCCUCAAAAGGAAGUGAGACACCAUUAUGAGGAAAGGAAGCCUCACAGCAAGGGAAGUGAGGAAGAUAUGGGCAAGCAACAUAGUUAUGGGGCAUGGGAUGAGAAAAGACAUCUUGACAGAGAAUGGCAACAUUUACAGAUGGAAGAGAUCCCAAAGUCUCCGAGUAUGGACAUGGAGGAUGAAGAGCAGAGGUUCUACAGCCCGGAAGAGGAGACCAGGGAAGAAAAACGGUAUUAUCCUGGUGUCAUUGAGGAGGAGCUUGAAAAGAGACACCACAAUGAGGGGAAAAAACAUGGGAUUAAUAAAAGGACAUUCCUGAUUGAGGAGGGCUAUCCAAGAAGCCACUAUCUUGUAGAGAAUGUGAAAAGAGCUGCAGCUUCAUACAUCCCUUACUUCCAACAGCUCAGAUGGAAGAAUAGACAUGCUGAAAAGAAGGAUGAUCUGCCCAACCCAUUUUUGGAGAGUGAAGAAGAAUCCAGAACCCACCUAGAUGAAAGAAAUUUCUUUCCGGAGUAUAACAAUUAUGAGCCGUGGGAGAAAAAGCAACUUAUGGAUGGCCUGAAUCACAAACACAAUGAGAACAACCGCCAUGGGAAAAUCCACAAAUUUGAUGUAAAGCGAGAAUACAACAAGAUGGAUGAACUUGCCCAUCUUCUGAACUACAGGAAGAAAUCGGCUGAGUUUCCAGAAUUAUAUAGCUCCAGUGAAGAUGUGAAGAGAGGACACCUGAUAAGAAGUGGUGAGGGCAAACUCAGCCAGAGGCCUCUGACACAAGAGGAGGAAAAGGAACUGGAAAAUCUGGCCGCUAUGGACUUGGAGCUACAGAAAAUGGCGGAGAAGUUCAACAAUAACCGGCGGGGAUGAAUAUUUUCCUGGCAUGAUAUGGGUAUGGUAAAGUGUAGCUUUAUUGACAGUAACCUAUAUUUAUUGGUAAAAUCACUGCCAUCACUGAUGUUCCCUUCCUAACAGAAAUGCUGUUCACUGUGCACUAAAUAUAUAAUGAUUAACACACCUGCAAGCAUCUUUCUGUUGCAAAUGUGCUAGGAAGAUCAGAUUAGCAUGAAUCCUAGCAGAUAGGCAUACAUCCAAAGUAGAUGUUUUUUAACAUGCGUGUGGCAAUAAUUGUGUUUGUGUUAUU